UUCUUUCAAGCGCCUCUUCGAGUGUCUUCGAGUCUGUCUAUGAGUGUGCGGCCAUAAAAUUUAAUUUGCAAUUUAAUUUGAUUUCGGUAUACGGGCAGUGCCGAUAAACAUUGCUGGCCAAUGAUUUAAGCAAAUGCAAAAUAGAAAACAAAUGAUUAGGCGUAACGUAAAUCUCAGUGUGGCGUUAAAAUAAUUAUAAUCAUUUGGAUUAUCAGCGGACAAGCAAUUACUGUUAUUGACAUACGCGCACUUAAACGAGGACAGCGACAAAUCUGUGGCAAUUAACUCGCGUAACCGGCUGCAAACAAAACAAUUGCAAUAAGCCAGGCGCCGCGGGAAUUAUCACACACACACACACAGAGAGAGAGAGAGAGAGAAAGUCACAUAUACACAUUGUGCAAUUGUUGAGGCCCACAUAGACUUCAAACCAUGGGCGACAAUAUAAUUGGCUCGGCGAGCUUCCUUCACUUGGGCGACAUUGUUUCGCUUUAUGCGGAGGGCAGCGUUUGCGGCUUCUUGAGCACACUCGGCCUGGUGGAUGAUCGUACGGUUGUGUGCCCGGAGGCUGGCGACCUAACAUGUCCGCCCAAGAAGUUUCGAGAUUGUCUCAUCAAGAUAUGUCCCAUGAAUCGUUAUUCUGCACAAAAACAAUUCUGGAAAGCAGCCAAGCAAUCCGCCAGCUCCAAUACAGACCCCAAUCUGCUCAAGCGUCUGCAUCAUGCGGCAGAGAUCGAGAAGAAACAGAACGAAACGGAGAACAAAAAGCUGCUGGGCACGUCCAUACAAUACGGACGUGCAGUUGUGCAGCUGCUCCACUUGAAGUCCAACAAAUAUCUGACGGUGAACAAGCGACUGCCCUCGCUGCUGGAGAAGAAUGCCAUGCGUGUGUAUCUGGAUGCCAAUGGCAAUGAGGGCUCCUGGUUUUAUAUCAAGCCCUUCUAUAAGCUGCGCUCAGUGGGCGACUAUGUGGUGGUGGGCGACAAGGUCAUACUCAGUCCGGUGAAUGCGGAUCAGCAGAAUUUGCAUGUGGCUGCCAACUAUGAGCUGCCCGACAAUCCGGGCUGCAAGGAAGUCAACGUGCUCAACUCAUCCACAUCGUGGAAAAUCUCGCUCUUCAUGGAGCACAAAGAGAAUCAGGAUUUGAUACUUAAGGGCGGCGAUGUGGUGCGUCUGUUUCAUGCCGAGCAGGAAAAGUUUCUCACCAUGGACGAGUACAAGAAGCAAUAUCACGUUUUUCUGCGCACCACUGGACGCACUAGCGCCACGGCCGCCACCAGCAGCAAGGCGCUGUGGGAGAUUGAAGUGGUGCAGCAUGAUUCGUGUAGAGGUGGUGCUGGUGACUGGAACUCACUCUAUCGCUUCAAGCAUCUGGCCACGGGACACUAUUUGGCUGCCGAGCUGGAGUGCGAUGUAGCCGAGCACUCUGCCUCAUUGGCCGCACAUGAAUCGCUGCUGGGCGACUGCAGCAAGGACUCGGGCAUUGGCGCCACUAUGAAUUCCACUAUGAAUGGUGAAAAGUCCAGGAGCAAGCAGUACCGCUUGGUGUCCGUGCCGCACUCGGCGGACAUUGCUUCGGUAUUUGUGCUGGAUGCCACGACGAUGGCGCGUCCGGAUAGUUUGGUGCCGCAAUCGAGUUAUGUGCGUCUGCAGCAUAUUUGCUCCAACACUUGGGUGCAUGCCACAUCGAUACCCAUUGAUGCGGAUGACGACAAGCCUGUCAUGUCCAAGGUGUGCUGCUCGCCCAUUAAGGAGGACAAGGAGGCAUUUGCGCUCAUACCUGUGUCGCCAGUGGAAGUGCGUGAUUUGGACUUUGCCAACGAUGCGUGCAAGGUGCUGGCUACGGUCACCAGCAAGCUGGACAAUGGCAGCAUAUCGAUUAAUGAGCGACGCGCGCUCAUAUCGCUGCUGCAGGACAUUGUCUACUUCAUAGCGGGCAUGGAGAACGAGCAGAACAAGACCAAGGCGCUGGAGUUUACCAUAAAGAAUCCCAUACGCGAUCGCCAGAAGCUGCUGCGUGAGCAGUAUAUCCUUAAACAGCUGUUCAAGAUACUGCAAGGACCUUUUCAGGAACACAACGCUGGCGAUGGUCCCUUUCUGCGGCUGGAUGAGCUAAGCGAUCCCAAGAAUGCGCCAUAUAAAAACAUUUUUAGGCUUUGCUAUCGCAUACUGCGGCUUUCUCAACAGGAUUAUCGCAAGAAUCAGGAAUACAUUGCCAAGCAUUUUGGUUUGAUGCAAAAGCAAAUUGGCUAUGACAUCCUGGCGGAGGAUACGAUCACCGCACUGCUGCACAACAAUCGCAAACUGCUGGAGAAGCACAUUACAGCGGCAGAGAUUGAAACGUUUGUGGGUUUAGUGCGCAAGAAUAUGCACAACUGGGACUCACGCUUCUUGGACUAUCUUUCCGAUUUGUGCGUGUCCAAUCGCAAAGCUAUUGCUGUUACCCAGGAGCUCAUCUGCAAGAGCGUGCUGAGCGACAAGAAUGCGGACAUACUAAUCGAUACACAAAUCAAGGCGCUGCGUGGUGGCGCCGCCGUGCGCUGCUACAAAGGCGCCUCCGAGGAUGUGUGCCUAGCCACGCUAACUGAAGUGGCUGGCGAUGAUGAGGAUGUGCAGUCCAGCUCCACCACCACCACCUGGGACAGCGGCAGUCACAGCGAUGAAGACACUUUAGCCAUGGGCGAGAAAUACGAAAUUCAUUUGCAGUGGAAGGGACAACCUUCCUCACGCUCCAUGGCGGAUUUGGCCAAUUGUGUAGCCGAUGGCUGCGAGCAGGAAGCGGCUAUACUGAACUACUAUCGCCAUCAGCUGAAUUUGUUCUCGAACAUGUGCCUCAAUCGCCAGUAUCUGGCGCUGAAUAUACUUUCGCCACAUUUGGAUAUUGAUUUGAUAUUAAAAUGCAUGUCGGAUGAAACGAUGCCCUAUGAGCUGCGCGCAUCCUUUUGUCGUCUUAUGCUGCAUUUGCAUGUGGAUCGCGAUCCACAGGAGCCAGUUACGCCUGUGAAGUACGCACGUCUCUGGAGCGAAAUACCCUCGAAAAUGUCCAUUAUGGACUACGACGGCAAGAACCAGCAGCCGGAUCAGAAUAAACAGGCAUGUCGCGCCAAGUUCAACACAACGAUUGCCUUUGUGGAGAACUAUUUGUGCAAUGUGGCCACCAAGGUGUGGCUGUUCACCGAUCAGGAGCAGAACAAGUUAACAUUCGAGGUGGUUAAGCUGGCUAGAGAUUUGAUAUACUUUGGCUUCUAUAGCUUCAGUGAUUUGUUGCGUUUAACCAAAACGCUGCUCUCCAUACUUGACUGCGUCUCGGAGAGCUCAACUGGCGCUGGCGGCUUCGUCAACACGGACAUGGACUCUGUCGAAGAGGAGACCAACAAUAGCGCUGAAGGCGGCGUGCUGCGCUCCAUUGGCGACAUGAGCACUGUUAUGACCUCGCUGGCUUUGGGCUCAGUGGGUCAGGCUAUGGCAGCGCCUUCGAUUGCGCUGCAGCAGCGCAAGUCGGUAUCACAGCUAAUGAAGGAAUAUCCGCUGGUUAUGGACACCAAGCUUAAGAUUAUAGAAAUACUGCAGUUCAUACUGGACGUGCGAUUGGACUACAGAAUCAGCUGCCUGCUGUCCAUAUUCAAGCGCGAGUUCGACGAAUCCGACAUCAUGACACAGAGUCAAGGCAGCAGCAGCGCCACAGUCAGCGAGGAGCAGCAACAAGCAUUGCAGCCAACUACACCGGGCACGGAAUCGGAGCAAAUUGCUGCUGCAGAGGCGGCCAUGGCUGCUGCAGCAGCUGCAGCUUCAGCAGCAGCGGCACGACAGAAGAACAUUGAUCUGGAAUCGAUUGGCGUGCAGGCCGAGGGCAUUUUCGAUUGCGAGCGCAGUGAUGCAGCUAAUCUGGAUCUAGAUGGACAGGGUGGACGCACAUUUCUGCGUGUGCUGCUGCAUUUGAUAAUGCACGACUAUGCGCCGCUGGUGUCAGGUGCGCUGCACUUGCUCUUCCGACACUUUAGUCAGCGCCAGGAGGUGCUGCAGGCUUUUCGUCAGGUGCAACUGCUCGUCUCGGACAGCGACGUGGAGUCGUACAAGCAGAUCAAGUCUGAUCUGGACAUACUGCGUCAGAGUGUGGAGAAGUCGGAGCUUUGGGUGUACAAGGCCAAGGCCACAGACGAGCUGGGCGGCACUGAUGCUGGCGCCGCUGGCGACAAUGUGGAGUACGAUGCUGCGCUGUCGCCAGAGCAGCGCAGCGAGUAUCAAAAGGUCAAGGAGAUACUCAUACGCAUGAACAAAUUCUGCGUCACAACAGGGCCCGUGGUGCGGCCGCGCAAGCACGAGCAGCGGCUGCUGCGCAACGUGGGCGUGCAUACGGUGGUGCUGGAUCUGCUGCAGAAUCCGUACGAUGAGAAGGACGAUGUGCUGAUGAAGGAGCUGAUGUGUCUGGCGCACGAGUUUCUGCAGAACUUUUGUCUGGGCAAUCAGCAGAACCAAGUGCUGCUGCAUAAUCAUCUCGAUUUAUUCCUAAAUCCAGGCAUACUGGAGGCCAAAACAGUGUGCGCCAUAUUCAAGGACAAUCUGGCGCUGUGCAAUGAGGUGACCGAUAAAGUGGUGCAGCACUUUGUGCACUGCAUCGAGAUUCAUGGCAGGCAUGUGGCCUAUUUGCAGUUUCUGCAAACCAUCGUCAAGGCGGAGAAUCAGUUUAUACGCAAAUGCCAGGACAUGGUCAUGCAGGAGCUCAUCAAUGCUGGCGAGGAUGUGCUGGUGUUCUACAAUGACAAGACCUCGUUUCAUCAUUUCGUGCAAAUGAUGCAGCAGCAGCAGCUGCAGCAGCGUCGCCAGCAGCUGCCGGACGACAGUCCGCUCAAGUAUCAUGUGGAGCUGGUCAAGCUGCUCGCCUGCUGCACCAUGGGCAAGAACGUGUACACGGAGAUCAAGUGCAAUAAUCUGCUGUCGCUGGACGACAUUGUGACCAUCAUUUGUCAUCCGCUGUGUCUGCCUGAAGUGAAAGAGGCCUAUGUGGAUUUUCUCAAUCAUUGCUACAUCGACACCGAGGUGGAGAUGAAGGAGAUCUAUGCCUCUGGCCACAUGUGGAGCUUGUUUGAGAAAAGCUUUCUGGUCGACUUGAAUCAAUUGAUUGCCAACAGCUCGGCCAGCGGCAACAAGACGCUGCUCAACUAUGUGCUCAAUGGUUUGACCAAUCUGCUCAGCAGCUUCUUCUCCAGCCCCUUCUCCGACCAGAGCACCAUUGUGCAGUCGCGUCAGCUCAUCUUCGUGCAGCUGCUCCAAGCGGCCUAUCGCCUCACCCAAUGCAAGUGGCUCUCGCUGGCGGAUCGCUUCAAUGUGGAGAACUGCAUACGCACGCUCACCGAGUCCGCCAAGAUGCGCAGCAUUGUGGUGCCGCUGGAGCUGGAGCAGCAGGUGGCCAACAUGUCCAGCAAGACGGCCAUGCUGACGCGCCAGACCACCAAGUGGCUGCUCGCCUCCAAGCAGCCCAAGUACGAGACGCAGCAGUCGGCCAGCCUAAUGCGCUGGGAUCGCUCCAUCAUCGAGGGACUGCAGGAUAUAGUGUCGCUGCUGGAGGAUCAGCUGAAGCCAGUGGUGGAGGCAGAGCUUUCCCUGCUGGUCGACAUACUCUAUCGCUCCGAGCUGCUCUUCCCGGCGGGCACAGAUUCGCGCAAGCGCUGCGAGAGCGGCGGCUUCAUACGCAAACUCAUCAAGCACACCGAGAAGCUGCUGGAGGAGAAGGAGGAGCGCAUGUGCGUCAAGGUGCUGCGCACGCUGCGCGAGAUGAUGGCCAUUGAUGUGAACUAUGGUGAGAAGGGCGAUGCACUGCGCCAGACGCUGCUGCUGCGCUACUUUCAGUGCAAGGGCGCGCCCAAGCUGGAGGAGGAGCUGCCGGCGCAGUCGGCGGUGAACAAAGCCAGAGCCACAGCUGCUGCUGCGGCGGCCGCUUUGGAUCCCGCCAAGCAGCUGCAUUUGGUGACACAUGGACCUGGCGCCAAGUACUUGGCGCGCGCGGGCAAAACGCUGCACGAAAUGCAAAACCAUUUGGAUCGCGAAGGUGCCUCCGAUUUGGUAGUGGAGCUGGUCAUCAAGUCUGUGCAUUCGCCCAACAUCUUUGUGGAGGCUGUGGAGCUGGGCAUAGCGCUGCUCGAGGGCGGCAAUCCCAUUAUACAGAAGGGCAUGUUCCAGAAGUUCCUUAGCGAUGACCUCAAUCAAGCGUUCUUCAAGGUGUUCUUCGAGAAGAUGAAGGAUGCGCAGCAGGAGAUCAAGUCCACGGUGUCGGUCAACACCACCGACAUAGCAGCCAAAGCGCAUGAGCACAAGCAGGAUGCCAACCUGGAGCUGGACAAGAUCUCACGCAAGCAUGGCCUCAAAAGCAACGGCGUUGUUAUUACCGAUGAACUGAAGCGCGAGCUGCACAAUGCGGGAUUGGCCACAGCUAGAGCCUAUGGCAAUGCGCGGAACAUACAUUCGGGUGAGGAGAGCUCGGCGAUUAGCGUGAACAGCCCGUUGGAGGACAUUCUGGCCGAGAAGCUGGAGAAGCAUCGCGACAGCAAGGAGCAGCGCAAUCAGCUGUCCAACAAGGUGCUCGUCAUGCAGCCCAUUCUACGCUUCCUGCAGCUGCUCUGCGAGAAUCACAAUCCGGAUUUGCAGAAUCUGCUGCGCAAUCAAAACAACAAGACGAACAAUAAUCUUGUCUCGGAGACGCUCAUGUUUUUGGACUGCAUUUGCGGCUCCACCACUGGCGGACUGGGUCUGCUUGGACUCUACAUCAAUGAGCACAAUGUGGCGCUGAUCAAUCAAACGCUGGAAACACUCACCGAGUACUGCCAGGGUCCGUGCCAUGAGAACCAAAACUGCAUAGCCACACACGAGUCCAACGGCUUGGACAUCAUUACAGCCUUAAUACUAAACAAUAUCAAUCCGCUGGGCGAGAAUCGCAUGGAUCUGGUGCUGGAGCUGAAGAACAAUGCCUCCAAGCUGCUGCUGGCCAUUAUGGAGAGUCGCGGCGACAGCGAAAAUGCCGAGCGCAUACUCUACAACAUGAAUCCCAAGCAGCUGGUCGAGGUGGCCUGCAAGGCGUAUCACCAGGAAGAGCUAAUCGACGAGCAGGACGAUGCGGAUGAGCCUAGCGCAGCGGCCGACGAUGAUGACGCCACUGUCAGUCCACGCGAAGUGGGCCACAAUAUCUAUAUACUCUGUCAUCAGCUGGCGCAACAUAACAAAGAGCUCGCGGCGCUGCUCAAGGCAUCCGAGGAUCCCCAAUCCGCGAGCUUCGAUGCCAAGACUAGCCAAGCGCUCAUGUACUACGCCACGCAUACGGCGCAAAUCGAAAUUGUGCGCAACGAUCGCACGCUGGAGCAGAUUGUGUUUCCCAUACCCGAAAUCUGUGAAUACCUAACCACAGAUACUAAAAUCAAGAUACUUAAUACGGCGGAGCGCGAUGAUCAGGGCUCCAAGGUGGCGGACUUCUUCGACAAGGCCGAGGAGAUGUUCAACGAGAUGAAAUGGCAAAAGAAACUGCGAAGUCAGCCGCUGCUGUUCUGGAUUAGCAGCUACAUGUCGCUAUGGAGCAAUAUACUCUUCAAUUGCGUGGUGGUCAUCAAUAUGAUUGUGGCAUUCUUUUAUCCCUUUGACAACACUGUGCCAGAGCUGAGCCCGCAUAUUUCGCUGCUAUUCUGGGCAAUCUUAAUAUUCUCACUGGUCAUUGUUAUCACGCUGCCACGCGAGUCCGGCAUACGCACAUUAAUCGGCUCCGUUAUAUUGCGCUUUAUAUUUCUGCUGGGUCCGGAGUCGACACUUUGUUUGCUGGGCGUGGUUACGGUAACACUCAAGAGUGUGCAUAUUGUAAGCAUUAUGGGCAACAAGGGCACGCUGGAGAAGCAUUUCCUUAAGAUCAUCACGGACGUUCAAUUGCUCUAUCAUUGCAUUUAUAUAGCGUUCUGCUUUUGUGGACUUAUCUUUCAUCCAUUCUUCUACUCGCUGCUGCUCUUCGAUGUGGUCUAUCGCGAGGAGACGCUGGUCAAUGUGAUUCGUUCAGUUACGCGCAACGGUCGCUCCAUUGUCUUGACCGCCGUGUUGGCCUUGAUUUUGGUCUAUCUCUUCUCCAUCAUUGGCUACAUGUUCUUCAAGGAUGAUUUUCUGGUUUCGGUGGACUAUGAGGAGCAGGAGACAACAACGCCCUUAACGCUUUCUGUGCCUGUGACGCCGGCAGAUACUUGCAGCAAGCCAGAUGAGUUUGGCGCCUGUCCGAGUGGCAGUGCUCAGCUAGCUGCGGAUGUUGCUGCUGCUGGCGAGGCUAAGGAACGUUCUUGCGACUCGUUGGUCAUGUGCAUAGUGACAACAUUGAAUCAGGGUCUGCGCAAUGGUGGCGGCAUUGGUGACAUACUCAGAGCACCAUCCAGCAAGGAGGGUUUGUUUGUGGCGCGUGUUAUUUAUGACCUGCUCUUCUUCUUCAUUGUCAUUAUUAUUGUGCUGAAUCUGAUUUUUGGUGUCAUUAUCGAUACCUUUGCGGAUCUCAGAUCGGAAAAACAGCAGAAGGAGGCUAUACUGAAGACCACCUGCUUUAUCUGCUCGCUCAAUCGUUCGGCUUUCGAUAACAAGACCGUUAGCUUCGAGGAGCACAUCAAGAGCGAGCACAAUAUGUGGCACUACUUGUACUUCAUUGUGCUGGUCAAGGUCAAGGAUCCCACAGAGUUCACCGGCCCCGAGAGCUAUGUGUAUGCCAUGGUCAAGGCAGGCAUCUUGGAAUGGUUUCCACGCUUGCGCGCAAUGUCAUUGGCCGCUGUAGAUGCGGAUGGCGAACAAAUCGAGCUGCGCAGCAUGCAGGCACAAUUACUGGACACGCAGCUGCUCAUAAAGAAUCUGUCGACGCAGUUGCAUGAGCUCAAGGAUCACAUGACAGAGCAGCGCAAGCAGAAGCAGCGCCUGGGACUGCUCAAUACGGCGGCACAAGCGCUGAUGCCGUUUCAAUAAGGCAGCAUAGCGCAUAGGCAAGGAUACUUGGCAUAGCAUAAUGCAUAAGUCAGUUGAGUUUUAAAAGAAAACAUUCCCCUGGGUAGAGCAAUUAAUAUAUGUCGUUAACUUCUGGCAUUUGAAUUUGUAUUGUAAUCUGUUAAAAUCUCAGUAGCAUGGCCAUGAACAAUUCCAAAACGAAAUCUUCAACUACUUUUAUAUAAACUUUUUAUUAUUUUUAUUCAACUUAAAACAUGUCUUAACAUGAAGUAUUAAAUUCGAAUUCCAAGAAACAUUUGCCUUAAGCAAAACUCAUGACUCGAUCAUUUCCAAUAUAGCAACAAAUAUAUAUUACUAUGUACUAUACCAAUAUAUGCAUUAGCAUACCUAUACAAAUGUAACUCACUCAGAGAACUUUGGGCUGUUGAAAUGUUAAUCGGAUUACGCAUUAUAAACUAUAUUCACAAUUUACCAUGUACUCGUUAGCGUCUAUCUAGAAAACCCUUUUAUACCACAAUAUACAUACACUAUAUAGGCGCCAAUUUUUCGCACAGCGAUCUGAAGAAUUGUAUACAUAACAUAGUGCACUAUUUUAAGUAAAAUGCCAACAAAUUAUUUACACAAUUUAAAUCAACAACACUUAAUUAUUGUGAUUAUCGUUUUUGAAUCGUUUCCAA